AUGGCAUUACACGCCCAAGACGUGCACAUAAAGGAUAAUUUCGGUGGUGCAAAGGUUUACAAGUGCGCUCGAUGCAAUUUGAGAUUGACAGGAAUCAAAAACAUGCUUCUGAAACAUCAGAGCCAAGAAGCGAUUCUAGGGACUGGAUACUUUUUAUUUAAAUUAUAUAACAAACAAGAGAUUACCAAAAGCGAGAAAUUAUUUGCCACUGGUUUAGGGGUAGCGGGAACAACAGUUUUGGUAGCAGGACAUGUCGCUAUUAAGGAUUUACAAAAGUCGAUUCAACGACAAACCAGAAUGAUAACAAAGCUGAGAGAUGUGCAUGAUAAAACAGUUCAAUGGACAAGAUCAGGAAGAGAUAUACAACAAUGGGAUCAAGUGACGAUGAAUCAACAUCGAAAUAUCUUGUCUCCUCAAUUGAACCAGAUUAAACUUCAGUGUAAAGCGUUCGAAAAAAUUUUUGAUGAUCUAUCGGAAAACGAGUGA